AUGGCGUCUCACAGUAUUUCCAGACUCUCUGCCAUAUCAAGUCAUAUUCAAAAUAACUCCAUGUUGUCUUCCACUCAAGUUGCCUGCCAAUUACCCUGGGAUCCGAACAACACCAGGUUCCCUUCGCGGGAAGAUCUUCCACAGCUUCCUGGUGCACCCGAAGGUGCCGCUUGGGUCUGGGGCAAAGAUGAUCAGGUGGGCAGAUUAAACCUCUUGACGUCGCAGCGGGUCAAGGAAUCUGCUGCUGAGAUUGAUACUGGCGAGAUGGUGCGACUGGAUCUUCCUCUCACAGUACCCGAGAAGCCCGCUUUUGACCGGGAAGUGUUCCAGCAUAACAUCAAAACGCUUGUCGACGGCAUUGCUUAUGAUGAUACAUACAUUAUGAACACGCAGAGUGGGACGCAGUGGGAUGGAUUCCGGCAUUUCGCCCACAUUGACAGCCAAUGUUUCUAUAAUGGGGCCAAAGCCAGCGACUUUGUAGGCGAAACCGCAAGCCACCGCUGCAGUAUCCACCACUGGGCAACGCACGGCAUCGCUGGUCGAGGAAUCCUCCUAGACUACCACCACUAUGCCAAAACCCACAACAAGCCCUACGACCCCUACACAACACACAGCAUCACCCUCUCAGAGUUACAAGCAUGCGCAGCAUCCCAAGGCCUAGAUCUACGCCCGCAAUCCGAAGGCGGCGACAUCCGCAUCGGGGACAUUCUACUUGUGCGCUCUGGCUUCGUCGAGCGAUACUACGAGCUCAGUUCUGAGCAGCGGUAUGCAGCCGCGACACGGUCCCACGAGGACCUAUGCUUUGCGGGACUCUCGCGCGAGCCGGCUAUGCGGGACUGGUUGCAUAAUUGCUAUUUUGCGGCUGUGGCGGGUGACUCGCCGACGUUCGAGUCGUGGCCUGUUCCUGAACAGGACUAUUUGCAUCAGAGCUUGUUGGCGCUGUGGGGGUGUCCUAUUGGUGAGAUGUGGGAUUUGGAGAGGCUUGCUGAGAAGUGUCGGGCCAGGGGGAAAUGGUCUUUCUUUAUGACUAGUGCUCCGGCCAAUAUGCCUGGUGGUGUUGGGUCUCAUGCGAAUGCUACUGCUAUUCUUUAG